AAAAUGGAGUCUGAGAGGCGUGAGGAGAGCUGAGGCUGCCUGAGUGAGGAGCAUUGCUAGGGAAGGAAGGAAGGAAGGAAGGAAGGCACCACUACAAUGGCUGAAGAAGAGAAUGUGAAGGUGGCGGUUUGGGUCCGGCCAAUGAAUAAGCGGGAGCUGGGACGAAAGGCCAAGUGCGUAGUGAGCAUGAAGGGAAAUAUCACCACGGUCACCAACCCUGAUGACUCGGCCGAUGUCAAGUCCUUCACCUACGACUACUCUUACUGGAGCUUUGACGGCUGCAAGGAGGAGCCCAAUGGCUACUUUGCCAAGCAGUCACCCAACUCCAAAACACGGUGUACAAUGAUCUGGGAGGUGGAGUCUUAGCAAACGCCUGGGCUGGUUAUAACUCCACACUGUUCGCUUAUGGGCAGACAGGCUCGGGAAAAUCUUGGUCUGUCAUUGGAUAUGGAUCCAAUAAAGGUAAAAAAUAAAAAAGUCCACAUUU